AUUAUUUUUUUAGGAGAGGGCUUAAGGCUGGGAAUGGAAGUAGAAGGCAAACAGCUGUCAUAUCUUCCCUAAAGACUCCAAAACCCCAAAAUCAUACCAUUGGAACAUGGCAUUUUGCCCCUGAAUUUUGCUGGACCAGUCCUGUGGAUGCUGUGACAACUGUAUGGCCUUGGCUUCUACAGGCAGUUAAACGGGUAGUUGGUGAUAUUGGAUUAGAUUUAACUAUGCUUAAAGAAGAUCCACUGAAAUCAGUAAACCAUGAUAAUUCCCCUUGUUUUUAUUGGAUCUCCUUGACGGGGGAUUCUGUUUACAUCCUCUCUGGGCAAGUUGUUUCUGUUGGUGAAAGACCCUUUUAAAAAAAACAAAACAAUUUCCUCUCUUGUUUUGGUUUUAGGAUUCUGUGCAGCAAAACUCAUGUGCAGAGAGAGACUUCGCGAUUCUCAACCUCUAUGCUGGAAUGUGGGACGCCCCAGUUAUGGCUGUUCUGAGCGGACAUGUCAUAAAGACUUGCUGUAUCUCUCCGGAAGCUGAAAUGUUUUCUUAACCGGUUGGAUUUCCUAAUUUUUAUUUGGGACUCCUGCUGUCCCCUUUCUUCCCUGAAAACUACCCAACACCCCACAGUUCCUCCCCUUUAUUCCACCAGCGGCCAUGAAUGGGCUGUCGGUUAGUGAACUCUGCUGUCUCUUUUGCUGCCCUCCUUGUCCAAGUCGGAUAGCAGCCAAGCUGGCCUUCCUACCUCCAGAGCCCACUUAUACAAUUGUCCCAGAACCAGAUCCUGCUGGCAGCACUGGCAACGCCUCCCCCCGCAGUGGCACCAUGGCUCGCUGGAAGCUUCAGUUGACCGAUCGGGCUGAUUUUCAGUAUACCCAACGAGAACUGGACACCAUUGAGGUGUUCCUUACCAAAAGCAGCCGGGGGAACCGAGUGAGUUGCAUGUACGUCCGCUGUGUUCCUGGUGCCAGGUUCACAGUCCUCUUCUCACAUGGCAAUGCUGUGGAUCUGGGCCAAAUGUGUAGCUUCUACAUCAGCCUGGGCACCCGGAUUAGCUGCAACAUCUUUUCUUACGACUAUUCGGGCUACGGUGCCAGCACAGGGAAACCUUCAGAGAAGAACCUCUAUGCUGAUGUUGAUGCAGCCUGGCAGGCCUUACGCACACGAUACGGGAUCAGCCCCGAGAACAUCAUCCUCUAUGGGCAGAGCAUUGGGACGGUGCCCACAGUGGACCUGGCCUCCCGCUAUGAGUGCGCAGCUGUGAUCUUACACUCACCAUUGACAUCGGGCAUGCGUGUUGCCUUCCCAGAAACCAAAAAGACCUACUGCUUUGAUGCUUUCCCAAACAUAGACAAGGUGUCCCGCAUCACUUCCCCUGUUCUGUUCAUUCAUGGCACCGAAGAUGAGGUGAUCGACUUCUCCCACGGCUUGGCUCUUUACGAGCGCUGCCCGAAGGCCGUGGAGCCCCUCUGGGUAGAGGGAGCCGGCCACAACGAUAUUGAACUCUACAGCCAGUACCUGGAGCGCUUACGCAAGUUCAUCUCACAAGAUUUGUCUGGUUAAUGCAACUCAACCCGUCUUACUCACCCUUUGGGCAAGGACUGCCCACCUCGGCUGGGCAUAGGGAAGAGGAGGAAGCAUUUGUGGCUUUCGAAGGAGAAGGCCACUGAUGCUGCAGGUUCCAUGUUCUCAUCUGCAAAAUGGGAGUAGCUCUGUCCACCCUUCCUCCAUUGCAGGCUUAGUCUGCACAGGGCUCUCAAGUCUCUCCUGGUGGGUUUUCCCCAUCGCAGAGGGCCCUUUCCAGCUGUUCUCACUUCCAGCUGCUGUCAUGGCUGAGGAUGGGUCUGUCCGUAAGAACAAGAGGCCUGAGACCGAGCCUCUCAUUGCACCUCAUUGCGGGACUCCAAAGGACUUGAGCAACGCAGACUGUUCUAAAACAUUAACAUCUCCAUCAGGGCUACCUUCUUGUUGCCUCCAUCCAUCUUCACCUCCCAUUUCGGAUCCAGUGUUCUUAACACUCUGCGUGUGACCCAGUGAUAGCAAUAAGCCAUAGGCAGGGUGGGGUGGGGAGACAAGGCACUUUGCAUGCUGGCCAAAAUGGCUUGCUCCAGUUUUGCUGCCCAGCCCACCGCAGCCCCUGAAGACAAUUGAAUUUCGUUCGGAUUUCCCCUGGGGUGGGGAUAGGAAACCACCUGGAAUUUUCACCAGGAAGUCUGUGAAAGGACUGUGGAAUGCAGCAAGGCCGUUCUACGUGUCUCAGUGUUUAUUGGGGGGAACGGUUCGCCGGCUUCAUUCACAACUCCUAGGUACCAUCGUUUUAAUAUUCCAUGCCCCAUCCCCUCCAGAUGUUCCCAAGGAAUGGAUUACGCUUUACUUAAUUCUGAGUAUCAGGCAAGGGGAGGGGUCAGGGUGGGAAGUAAGGGAAAAAUUCUCCAUUCAUUUUUGAAAGAGGAAUUAAAAAAAAAAAUGAAAGAUCUGCA